UUGGAAACCCCUUACUUGUCGUGCUAUUGCAAACAUCUUAGUGCUUGAUGUCACUGAGGAAAAAAUAUACUUGCUUUCCAUUCCACUAUAUACAUUUGGCAUCUUAGUUUUAAGCUUCCUUUGCUUGAUGUAUGUUGAAAAUGACCAAGGAUGCUGAAUCGAUUGACUUGUCUAGAAAGCAAACGCUGGCAUCUUUAUCUUUUAUUUGUUAGUUCUGCUAAACCAUUCUUAAUUUAGUGAGAACCACAGAAUUUAAUUUCCAUUCUUCACAACCCAUUGCAAUUGCAUUAUUUCUUUUUAAUGUGUACCGUGCUACUCUUAAAUAACGUGAUUACUAAAAUCAAUAAUCUAAUUUGUUUGGAGGAAUAUCUAUAUUGGAAAACAGGCCAAGAUACACUUCAAUGGGAUAUUAAUCAUUCAAAGCUUAUGCAACCCAACUCUAGUCUUUUCUUGUUGGAAAAGUCUAAACCUCCCCGGGGUGCAUCCCCAUUGCGUCCCCGUUGCCUACGUGACUUGAAAAUGUAAACGAAGCCGUUUACAUUUUAGAAUCCCAUCGGUCAAACUUUGGCUUUCCCUUCCCGCAUGUGUUUUCUCUCAUCUCUCUCUUCUCUCUUGUCCCUCUCAUCUCUCUCUUCUCUCAACCCUCUCAUCUCACACAAACCGAACCCUAACCCUCUCAUCUCCCUCUCAUCUCUUCUUUCUCAUCAUCCCUCUCAUCUCUCUCUUCUCUCAACCCUCUCAUCUCACAUGAACCGAACCCUAACCCUCUCAUCUCCCUCUCAUCUCUCCUUUCUCAUCAUCCCCGUCAUCCCAAUCUAACCCACACGAACCCUAACCCAAAGAAGCCCUGAACCCACUCGCCCUCCCUCUCCCCGUCGUCCUCUCAGAGAACCCACUCAAUCUUCACCCCGUGCUCUCCCCCAAACCUCCAUCCUCGUCGUCUUCACCCCUGAGGCCGUGACGGGACACAAACCCACAACCCUCAAGGCACGAAUCUUUGUUGGAGAACCCUCAAGGCACGAAUUUUUGCUUUUCUUUCAAAUGGUUUUGGUUUGUUUUAACGUUUUUCUAUUUAUUUAUUUUUUUAUCAUUGGGUUUGAUUGGAUUGAGUUUUGGGUAUUAUUGGCGGACUGGGAUCUUAUAAGCUGAUGUAGCUCUGUUUGAUUGCUGAGAGAAUGUGGGAAAGAGGGAAACAAUUAGACUUGUGCAUUUUGAAUAUUGUCGAAUGCGCUACUUUGAUUUCUUCGAGUCUAAUGUUUGUGUUUUUAUGGUUUGUUCACAGUAAUUUUAUUGAAUAUUAUCUCGUUUAUUUGUUCUGUUUGAGAUGAGUGGUUUUAAUACUUAUUGCAUUUGGCUGCUGGGAAAAUUGGGGGAAAAUGACGUUACAUUACUCAAAAAAAAAAAAAUAAAGAAGUGAAGGAAAUGUAGGGUAGCAAUGAAAUUAGGGAGGUUUGGUAAAAGUAGGAAAAUAAAAGCCCCUAUCUACCAUAUGCCUUAAACUAAUUCUUGAUUUCUUUGUUUUUCCUUAGUUUUACUAGCAACAGCAAGGCUUCAAGGUUGUUGAUUGGAUUGUUUUUCCUUAGUUUUUCUGUUUAGUGAUUAUUGAAUCUCAAUUAUAAAUGUGCACUUGAAUGGUCGUUCAGUUGUUGGUGAGAUGUACAUGAAUUUUCACCAAAAAAAACAACUAUGUUCAACAACCAAGUAUUUCUAGUCAUAGCACCUGGGUCUUUUAUGUAUUUCUGAAAUUCGGGCCUCCAAUGUGCUUGCUUGGUUAGUCAGAUCCUGCCAAAAACAUAUAAGAUUUUGGCAAUGUGUAUACUUAAUAUUUUUCUCGGGUGCCUAAACUCUCAAAGAGAACAAAAAAUUAUGUAAAUGUACAAGAAUUAUGACAAUGUGUAUACAAAAUGGGUUUACAUUAGUGCUCAUAGCAGGUUCUUUUUUUAUCGCUAUGAUGUAGAACUAUAAUCCUCUUUCAUUAACUUCCCUUCAUUAAAAAAAGUUGAAAAUUAAAUACUAAUUAUAUUAUCAAUAAUACUUUCUAAACUUGCUGCUCUUCAUUAAUCUAUCAAAACUUCCCGCUCUUCAUUAAUUAUUCCAUCAUUAUUCAACUGUUAUUCAAUUGUUUUAUGAGGGUUCAUCUUAGAAUGUCAAAAUCAUCUUCAUCAUCUUUUCCCAAACGUAGUUUGGGAAAAGAAUUGUGCUUCUGCGAGCUGGAAGCCACAUUGAAAUGGUCAACUACUACAAAAAACCCAAGAAGACCCUUCUUAGGGUGUUCAAAGUAUAAUACCCAGGGCUUAGCAUAUUGUAAGUUUUUCAAGUGGUUGGAUGGUAAUGAAGUGAUUGAGCUACAAGUUCAAGAAAGAAUUGAUGAACUGUUAAAGAAAGAGAAAGAUGUAGAGAACAUACUUCAGAUGCUGGAAAAGAGGGAGAUUGAGCUCCAUAAGAUAGUGGAUCGCCUCGAGAGGGUAAGCAUGGUGUUGUCCAAUAAAAGCGACGAAGUUACACAAAAGGAUUGGUGCUUAAUGCACAAGAAGCUAGAAGAAUGGGGUUGUGCACGCUAUUUUGGAUUUACUGUUGUUUUGUAUUUGCACAUGCAUUUUACCUAGUGUUAUAUAAGUGAAUUUGGGAUUGUUGUUAACUAGUGUUUUGUAUUUUGUGGAAUAUUAUCUUAGUUAUGUAACUAGGAUUCGAUGAAUGUAAUUGAAGUCUGCUGGGUACUUGUUUCUA